AUGUCAACGAUAAAGGGUGCAAAUUUAGAGGCCAAUGGUGAUCUCAAUCAGAUGUUGCAAUACAAUGCUACUGAGAUGUUCAUCAAGACAUUCGAAAGAGUGUAUAACAACAACAACACCAACACAUACACAUACCAACUCAACAACCAUCUAUUGUAUCUUUCAGCACGCUAUAACAAUGACGUUGUAUUUAUAUAUCUACUCAACAAUCCCCGUAUGCCAUUAAGCAAUGAACACUUUAGAAUCACUUCGUUCAUUUGUACACAUGGCAACACCGAUAUGCUCCAACACUACCUUGACGCCACAGCCUAUCGUUCACUCCCCAGCGACUUGAUCACCGACCUUCCCCUUGCCAUUGACUCUGGCAAUGAACAGUUUGUUCGAUUGUUUCUCCAACAUCUCACCUUCAACAAACACACUGCCAAGGAUUUGGUAACGAAUGUCCAGUUCAAACGACCUGGUGUCAGUAUUGGAAUGAUCAGGUUGCUGCACGAGGAGUUCAACUGUCUGUUUAGCUACAGUGACCUCUGGCAGGCAGCUCUCAUCAACUCAAUCAAACAUAACAUGUUGGAAAGUGUAUAA